AUGGCUCCUGCCGCUUCACUCGCUUCUCGCGCUGCCGACGAGCCCAUGGUCGGGCGACCAACAAAUCCCGAUGGUCUGGUCCUCGAGGCAUGGGCUCAGGGCUACAUGGUCGGCAGUUUGGUCAUCAUGACCUGCAUCACCAUCGCCAACAUGCGCCGUGGCGUGCUCCUGCACAAGCUCAUUCUCAUCGAGCUCAUAAUGGGCAUGUUUCACGGCACCUUUAUCUUCGCCCACGAGCCAUACUAUGGCUGGUAUCUCUCGUCCACGGCCAUCUUCCUCAACGCAUCCUGGUGCCUGCAUAACAUCAUCGCCUGGCUGAAGAACAAGCCCUUCCUCUCCCGCAAGGUCUCCAUCUUCUAUAUCACCACUGUCGUCAUCGCCCUUGGCUACUGGGUCCUCGAGAUCUAUGCCAACUUCGCCUUCUUCAACAACAUUAACCGGAUUUUCCUCAAGACCCGCCCGUGGGAAGCCUUGUUCCGUGACCCAUGGUGGAUCUUCACGACGAUCAACCUGAUCUACAAUAUCCACACGCGCUACGACCUGUCCGUCUGGCACAUCGUGCGCAUCUCGCCGCGCUUCGGCGUGCUGCUCGCUUCCAUGCUCCUUUCCAUCCUCUUCAUCAUCGUCGAUAUUCUCGCCGUCACCCGCGUCUUCAAUGCCCACGCCCUGCCUGACGGAAUAAAUCCCUUCUGGAAGCUUGCCUUUGUCUUCAAGUGUCUGACCGACACCAUCGUCCUCGACGACUUCAAAACUGCCCUCGAUCGACUCAGCAAGGCGAGAAAGCGGCAGCUGAGCAACGGCCCCGACGCCCUGGAGGACGGCAAUGUUGAGGGCGUUGACGGCUGGGCCCAUGGGUGGAAGGGCGUUGGUAGCGGUGGCUCGCCGAAAGAAGGCAAGGUCAGGAGAAUGAGCCCGGCGACGCAAAGGGUCGAGGACAUCAAGUUCGCCGACAGAGAUGAGGAGCAAGAUGUCGUUGCACCCUUGAGCUUGGAAGAUGCUCUGAGAUUGCCCAGAAGAUUGGAAAGUGGGCAUUCCGAGAGACGCCUGAUUUGA